AUUUAUUGAUCGUUUGCGAAGUUGCGAGCACUUGCGAGUUCAUCCUUUUUGAAAUUGAUCGUAAUUUUAAAUCAAAUUAAACAAUGAAUAUUCCCUUCCCAGUACUGUAUCCUCGUUUAGUCGAUUCUAAGUGGUUCACUGCGGACAACCCUGUUGAUGAGGACGCGGAAUUAACAGCUUUGGAACAACAAAACCAAAAUCGGUUAAAUUCCGUUGGCCAACGAUACAUGAAAAAACCUCCACUUGGAAAACCUGAACCCGAACCAAUGGAAGAAGCGGAUACUGACGAGGAAGAAGGAAAUGAAGAAUCAGAUGAAUCUGAGGAAUCUCAUGAUGAAGACGAAGAUGUAGAAUUGAGAACUACUUAUUCACCGCCCAGGAAUAACAAUGAAACGGAACCGGACAGGGACAGCCUUGAUUAUUUAAACGACACUCUAGUGUUGAACACGUCUUCCGACAGGGACAGCCUUGAUUAUUUAAACGACACGCUAGUGUUGAACACGUCUUCCGACAUAAGUAUUGAAUACUAAAAACAUACUUAUUUCAUUUCAACCAAGCAAGACCCCCGCUGGUUGAUAGUUGGGCCUGGUUUUAAGUUGUAUUAAUCGGCCCAAACUAAAUCGGUGUAAUCUUUCAUAAAUCUCCAUACUGAUCAACUAAAAGUCUGUGGUGUGCGCCCAGGCUAAGGCUUAAGUUAUUGUUAUUAGGUAUAAAUAUUUUAAUCAUUGUUAUUAUAGAUUAGGUUAUGGCUUUUGCUUAUACCAUCUGAAAGAGGAAUAGUAAAUCACUCCAUCAAAAUAAUAAAUAUAUUUACACUGUGAUGGAUUACUUAAAAUCAUGAUCAUUAUAGAUCAGGUAGGACAAACAAGCAAAUGCUAAACGUUAUUUUUUAGAUGUUCUAUUUAUUUGCUAGGCACUUUACUAUACUUACCUACCACUGUACUUAGCACAAUUU